AGUCAAAGAGGCAUCGUCCCCUGCAGCAAGAAUUUAUCUGUGGGCUUGAUGGAGCAUUCCCAACCACAAUGCAGCCCCAGAUCCUCGAACUGUAUGAAUGAGCAUCCCUCCGGUGGCACGAGUUCCUUCACUUGCCCAGCAGACUUGGACCAAGAAUGGAUGCCCUAAUCCAAAGUGACCGAAAGCGAAUCCUCGGACACCAGCCGAACCUCACUGCUGAGGGUAUGAGAGAGACAGUAGAAAGAUUGAUAUUUGAAACACAACUUACCCCUGGUCAGAAGAGGGCUGACGCUGGAAGCCGAGGUCGUGAACAAAAGUCACCAAGCCCUGGGUGAGGUUCAUUGGAUGGCAUCAUCGCCUGCAAAGCGGAGACGUCUCCCCCAUGUCGCCGCGUCGCCAGUCGACGAGAUAAACUCUUCCCGGCUCAAGAAUUACCAUCACAAACGCACUGCGUUUCAUGUUUUAACCAAUCGCCGUCUAGAAUCUUCGUCCGGAAUAUUAAGUUUCCAACAG